AUGGCUAUUGCUCGAGCAUACAAAGCAUACAAAAACUAUGAUUGUUUCACUUACAAUUCUGUGAAGGGAGAAUCAGUCUCCCAAUCAUUGUUGCCUCGAGCGCUUAACAGCGCUAAUGAGGGAACCCCUCGCAGUUCUCGCUACUGCCAUACUGGGUUUGGGCUUUCCGGACCGCAUUCGAGAUGGUAUAUGUGCGAGACACAUCCCACCAAUAUUUCCGGCACCAAUCGCAUCACGAUCAAAUACACCAUGCAUCUGCGGUUGUAUUUUAACCGUAGUAGAACUGAUUCUAGGGAGCUGUGCGAAAUCUAUGAAUACCACCUAACAAAAUGGCCUAAUGCUAUUCUCUGCUGGAGACAAAGAUUCGAGCCUGCAAUCAAACGAUUUUCUAAAUCUCGAAUGUCAGCCGUUUUUAGAUCAAUAUGGAGAUUCGUAACGUACCUCUAG